AUGAUAUGGGACUAUCUCUUCCACCUCAAACAGCAAGGGCUUUCCAUGUCAUCAAUAAAGGUCCACCUGGCCGCUAUCUCUGCCUUCCAUCCAGGCGUGGAGGGUGUGGAUUGCUGGUCUGUCUUCGCCAACCCCUUGACAGGGCAGAGCUGCUAUAGGAAGGAUGUUUCUGAAUCCCCUGUGCUGUCUGUAGAUGUCACAGAUCCAAACAGCAUAAAGGCAGCUGUGCAGAGAGUGGAGGAGCAUGUGAAAGGACAUGGACUGAAUCUCCUGAUAAACAAUGCUGGCAUCGCACGGAUGACCACAAUGGAGAAUGAGAACGCUGAGACCAUGGCAAUUGUAUACCUAACUAACACAGUUGGGCCUCUGCUGGUGAGCCAGGAGUUCCUGCCGUUGCUGAAGAAGGCUGCCCAGCAGAGUACCCAGACAGGGCUGAGCUGCAGAAAGGCCGCCAUUGUCAACAUGUCCAGCACGGCUGCUUCCAUAGCACUUGUUACAUCAUGGGAACUGCUGCCAGACCCCAGCUACCGCUGCAGCAAGGCUGCUCUGAACAUGAUCACCAGGUGCCAGUCCUUGGAGUACAAAGACUAUGGGAUUCUGUGCACUUCUAUCCACCCUGGCUGGGUGAAAACCAGAAUGGGAACAGAAAAGCCGGAGCAGGGCCACGCUACCGGCUCCCGCCUGGGGGGGGAGGGCGCUUCCCGCUGCCCGCGGGAGAGCGGCGUGAGCAAGCAGAGGAGCGGCCCAUCCUCUGAAGCCGGGGCAGGGCCGCGCUACUGGCUCCCGCCGCUCUCCCGCUGUCAGCGCCCACUCCCCAGGCGGAGCCGGUAG